AUGGAAUCAUCUGUUGAAUCCAAGGAAGAGGAGGACGCUCCCUAUUCCUCGGAUCAAGAGCUCACAGCCUCAAGGCGUGAUAAUAAGGCAGACUUCGUAUGGAUUAUCCGAGCUAGGAAACAGUGUGGUUCCGGUAUUGCCGACUUCUACACAGACGCUUCACACAUGAUAAGAAAUCGAAAUAUCCUUGAAGAUUUGGUUUUACUAUUAAUCCGCAAGAUUCGAGCUUCAGCGCUGCUGGCGUACGUUGCCCAUCAUUUUAAUGUAUUGAAAUUUUAUUACGUUUCAAAUUUUGCAGACCAAGAGUUGAAGAACAUUAUUGACAAGCUGGCACAGUUUGUAGCACGCAAUGGCCCUGAAUUUGAACAGAUGACAAAGACCAAACAGAAGGAGAACCCGAAGUUCAGCUUCUUGUUUGGUGGAGAAUUCUUCAAUUACUACCAGUACAAAGUUACAACAGAACAAGCAAUAUUAAAGCAUCGGCAAGCUCGUGAGCAUCAACAGCAGCAACAAUCUCAGCCAUCACAGCAGCCUUCGUUACAUCAGCCUCCACCCCCUCCACAAGGUGCAUUUCCAGGUGGAGGAGGUGCCUUUCCUGGUCAAAACUACCCAUCUGCAUAUGGCUAUCCACCUACUUCUGCAUACCCAGAGCCUGAGUUGCCCCAGUUCCCACAAGCACCUGUCACUUCUGGAGGUUUCUCCCAAGGGCAGUAUGCACCUCCGCCCCCUUCAAGUGAGCCACCUUCAACAUUUCCACCAGGUGAUUCAAGCUAUGUCACUUCUACUUCUUUUGUACCAACAAGCACGGCUGAGCCUCCAUUUGUUCAUACAUCUCAGUCUUUCCCACCGCCACCACCUGGAGAUGCUACAUACACAGCUCCUCAGGCUGGAGAACCUGGUGCUUUUACUAGCAGUGGUCCAGGGUAUGCACAGCCCCCACCACCACCGCCUCCACCACCUCCGCCACCAAAUGUAACUAUAGAGUCCAUUGCUACCCAGCAACAGCAACUGCAAGAGCAAAUUCAUCAAAGUGAGCAGAAUUUAGCAGCACAACAGUUGGUUCUGGAACAGCAAAAGGAUGGUCAAGUGAGAGAGGGUAUAUAUGUAGCCAGAGGUGAAGUUUUGCGUAAUGAGGCCUCAGACCUAGGUUUCUCCACUCAUGAGUUGGAGGACCUCUUAGGUCCCAUUACAGAGUCAUGUACUAAGGAUUCCAUAUCUAAUGGCAAGCAUUGGAUCUUCACUAAUGCACAGUCUCCAGCAAAGAAUAAAUGGCUUGCACGAUACCUUCUGUGGAAAGCUACAGCUAACAGUGGUCCAUUUAAUCACAAAUUACACAUCAUAUACCUCAUGAAUGAUGUCCUACAUCACUGUGUGAGGAAAAAUGCUGAUGACCUGAAGGAGGCACUACAGAAGGUUCUGGCACCAAUGUUCUGCAAUGCCAUGACAGUUGCCACCGAGGAUCAGAAGUCUAAGUUGGAUAAGUUGCUGUCAUUAUGGGAGUCAAAAAUCCACCUGGAAGAUGUGGUUUUGUUGCAACUGAAGAGCCCUGUUGAAUCAUGGGCAGUCUUUGAGAAGGGUCUGAUUGAUGAGUUUCCUCAGGUUGUGGCAACCAUCAAUCAGCACAUUGAUGCAACUUUUGAGGGUUAUAAGCAACAGCAUAAUGCCUUCGUGCAGCAUGCAACAGGCCAGAUUCAGGCAUUGGAGCAACAGAAACAACAACUAGAGCAGCAAGCAGCAGCUGCAGCAGCAGCAGCAGCAGCGGCAGCAGCAGCGGCAGCAGCUGCUGCUGCUGCAGCGGCAGGUAAGUUGAGAAGUUUAGGUGUUAGAUGCUGGAUUAAAUGUUUUAGAUGUGAUACAAAGUGGUCUUGUAGACACCACUUUUUCAUAUUGUUUUGUGCACAUUUUAAUACAAUUUAAGAGGACCAACUGGGC